UAUCAUUACAGAUCACUGGCUACUACUGUAAGGUAUCAUUACAGAUCACUGGCUACUACUGUAAGGUAUCAUUACAGAUCACUGGCUACGACUGUAAGGUAUCAUUACAGAUCACUGGCUACGACUGAAAGGUAUCAUUACAGAUCACUGGCUACGACUGUAAGGUAUCAUUACAGAUCACUUGCUACGACUGUAAGGUAUCAUUACAGAUCACUGGCUACUACUGAAAGGUAUCAUUACAGAUCACUGGCUAUGACUGUAAGGUAUCAUUACAGAUCACUGGCUACGACUGUAAGGUAUCAUCACAGAUCACUGGCUACUACUAUAAGGUAUCAGUACAGAUCACUGGCUACGACUGUAAGGUAUCAUCACAGAUCACUGGCUACGACUGUAAGGUAUCAUCACAGAUCACUGGCUACUACUGUAAGGUAUCAUUACAGAUCACUGGCUACUACUGAAAGGUAUCAUUACAGAUCACUGGCUACUACUGUAAGGUAUCAUUACAGAUCACUGGCUACGACUGUAAGGUAUCAUUACAGAUCACUGGCUACUACUGUAAGGUAUCAUUACAGAACACUGGCUACGACUGUAAGGUAUCAUUACAGAUCACUGGCUACUACUGUAAGGUAUCAUCACAGAUCACCGGUUACGACUGUAAGGUAUCAUUACAGAACACUGGCUACUACUGUAAGGUAUCAUCACAGAUCACUGGCUACUACUGUAAGGUAUCAUUACAGAUCACUGGCUACUACUGUAAGGUAUCAUUACAGAUCACUGGCUACUACUGUAAGGUAUCAUUACAGAUCACUGGCUACUACUGUAAGGUAUCAUUACAGAUCACUGGCUACGACUGAAAGGUAUCAUUACAGAUCACUGGCUACGACUGAAAGGUAUCAUUACAGAUCACUGGCUAUGACUGUAAGGUAUCAUUACAGAUCGCUGGCUACGACUGAAAGGUAUCAUCACAGAUCACUGGCUACGACUGGAAGGUAUCAUUACAGAUCACUGGCUACGACUGGAAGGUAUCAUCACAGAUCACUGGCUACUACUGUAAGGUAUCAUUACAGAUCACUGGCUACGACUGUAAGGUAUCAUUACAGAUCACUGGCUACUACUGUAAGGUAUACACAACAGGGUCAUAUUCAUUAGUGCACACCAUAGCACAACGUCACAAAACUAUUUGUAAUAGUACAAACUAAAAUAACGUGUUUUUAUUGGAGUUCAGGGGAAGUUUUUCCCCAUUUCACUCACUUUUCUUCAAAGAUCAGAUAUGAUCUAAGAUCAGAUCAGAACUGACAGUUGAUAUGAUUCCUUGCCCGUCCCAUCCAGAUCCUGAUCUGGAACCUGGAGAUAGGUGAGCCGGUGAAGAUGAUCGACUGUCACUCUGACGUCAUCGUGUGCAUGUCCUUCAACACAGACGGCAGCCUGCUGGCCACCAGCUGUAAAGACAAGAAGCUGCGCGUCAUCGAGCCGCGCUCCGGGAGAGUCUUACAGCACGCCAGCUGUAAGAACCACAGGGUGAACAGAGUGGUGUUUCUGGGCAACAUGAAGAGGCUGCUAACGACAGGUGUGUCCCGGUGGAACACCAGACAGAUUGCACUGUGGGAUCAGGAGGACCUGUCUAUGCCCAUGGUAGAAGAGGAAAUAGACGGUCUCUCAGGGCUGCUGUUUCCUUUCUAUGAUGCAGACACACACAUGCUGCGUACCACCUGGCAGGAAAGGAACAGUGAGGGUAAAACAUAUAUGUACAUGUACAGGAAGACAUCUGGGUCAGAUAGUAAACAAAUACAUCCAUUCCAUUCACAGGGCGAUGGCAACAUCCGUUACUAUGAGAUCACCACAGAGAAGCCAUACCUGCAGUAUCUCAUGGAGUUCCGCUCCCCUGCCCCACAGAAAGGCCUUG